AUGUUCUCUUUCUUCUCUCUUCAAAUCCCUCUGAAUUUUCACAAUUUCCAUUUCCAUUUCUCUUCCCCUUUCCCUUUUUAGCUUUUUCACUUUUCUUCAACAAAAUUUGAUUCCUAACUUUCUCUGUAGAUUUUGCACUCACUCUCCCUUCCUUUCUUCCCCUCUCUGUCAUCCACAAUCGGAAGUUUUUCUUCUCUCUGUUGACGACGGACGGUGACUUUUGUCGGUGCUUCUUAUCUUAUGCUUUGUUGUUUUCCGGCGAGUUAUCCGAUUUGCGGUGCAGAAUGGCUAAUCGUGGCUACAAAUUGCAGGAAUUUGUGGCGCAUUCGGGGAAUGUAAACUGUUUAAGGUUUGGGAAGAAGACGCGUAGACAGUUUCUCACUGGUGGAGAUGAUCAGAAUGUGAAUCUUUGGUCCAUUGGUAAACCAACAUCCACCACGAGCCUAAGUGGGCAUACGAGUCCAAUAGAAUCUGUAGCUUUUGACUCAGCAGAGGUUCUAGUGCUUGCUGGAGCUUCAUCAGGUGUAAUAAAGCUAUGGGAUCUGGAAGAAACAAAAAUGGUUCGCACUCUUACGGGACACAGAUCAUAUUGCACUGCCUGUGAAUUCCAUCCUUUUGGUGAAUUUUUUGCAUCUGGAUCUAUGGAUACUAAUCUUAAGAUAUGGGAUAUAAGAAAAAAAGGAUGCAUCCACACAUACAAAGGUCAUACUCGAGGAAUAAGUACCAUACGAUUCUCCCCUGAUGGCCGCUGGGUGGUUUCUGGCGGAUUUGACAAUGUUGUGAAGGUAUGGGACCUAACAGCUGGAAAGCUCUUGCACGACUUUAAGUUCCAUGAAGGGCACAUUCGAUCCAUAGAUUUCCAUCCACUUGAGUUUCUUUUGGCAACAGGUUCAGCUGACCGCACCGUGAACUUUUGGGAUUUGGAAACAUUUGAAUUGAUUGGAUCGACUCGACGUGAGGCUGCAGGAGUACGAUCAAUCACCUUUCACCCGGAAGGAAGGACUCUGUUUUGUGGAUUGGAUGAUAGCUUGAAGGUUUAUUCAUGGGAGCCUGUAAAUUGUCAUGACUCUGUUGAAAUGGGAUGGUCGACUUUAAGCGAUCUCUGCAUACAUGAUGGGAAGCUUGUAGGUGGUGCUUAUUACCAAAACUAUGUUGGAGUUUGGGUUGCAGAUAUUUCGCUUAUUGAUCCCCAUGGAGCUGGUUCAACUCCAGAUAGACAAAGUAACUUGGAGCAGAAACAGGACCAUGUGGAGAGUCGUUUAGAAAGAAUAGGAAGCAACAGAAGUUCUAAUUCAAAUCUUCGCUGCACAUCACCUGAUAUUGAUUCCAAGGAAAUAAAGAAUAUAUAUGUGGACUGUGAAAAUCCUGUAACCAUUAAGAAAGUUACUUCUCCUUCUCCAAAAGUGGUUCCUCCUUUAAAUUCUAAGGAAAACAAGAAUCAGUUGAGUCAGAAGCUUAAUUCUGUUGUAGGUUUACCUGCAAAAAUUAAUGGAUUGCCAGUAGGUAAAUCAUUUGUCGUCCCCAGUGUGGUACCUCGUGAUAUUCCAGAGGAGAAGAAAUUGGAUACUUGUAGAAGGGAAUCUGUUUCUGCAACCAGUGCAAGUAGUGGUAUACCACAAAAGCCGUCUCACAUAAAGUGCCCAUCCAGCAACAACUUUGAUAUGGAGAAGAUCUCUGUGGCUCUUCAGUCUGAAAUUGCAGACAACUUGCUGCAUACAGUAGAUAGUAAGAAGGAAUCAGAUAUUAAUAGCAGGCUUAUGGCAGAUAAUGAUUCCAGAGAACGUUCCGAGGCAAAAGAUUCUGCUGGCAAGCAUGGUGGAGAAAAGCUAGAGAAAACUUCAUUGCAACCACCGCUGAAUAGUCGGGAGAACCGUAAUGUGGGUUCAGAAGGUAGGAAAGAGUUGCAUCCAGUUAGAUUUGUGAAUGGAGUGGCGGUAGUGCGAGGAAGGACGCGCAGUUUGGUUGAGAGGUUUGAGAAAAGAGAAGGGUUGAACAUAGAUGAUGUCCAUAAGCUGGAUGUGGUGUCUCAUUCUAAAACUGAGGAAACAGAUGUAUCCCCUUUGCCACCUUCUUGUUGUAAAGAUGAGGAACUAGAAACCUUUUCCACAAAAUUUGAAGAAGAACCAGAAACAUCACCUUUGACAGCUUCUCGUUUUAAAACAGAGGAAGCAAUGCGCCCCAUGCCUCUAGCUCAUUCGAAAGUUGAGGAAACAAAUUCAUCUGCUUUGCCAGCUUCUCAAUAUGAAGUUGAGGACUUAGAAGCAUCCCAUAAGCCAGCUUCUAAAUCUAAAUCUGAGGAAGUAAGAAAAAACCAUUUACCAGCUUCUCAUUCUGAAGCUGAGAAAUUAGAGGCAUCCCUUAUGCUAGCUUCUCAGUUUAAAUACGAGGAAGUUAGAGAAUCCCAUUUACCAGCUUCUUGUUCUAAAGCUGAGGAAUUUGAAGCAUCCCCUAUCCUAGCUUCACAGGUUAAAUCUGAGGAUGUAAGGAAGUCUCGUUUGCCAACUUCUCGUUCUAGAACUGGGGAAUUAGGAGCAUCCUCUAUACCAGCUUCACAGCUUAAACCUGAGAAUGUAAGAAGAUCCCGUUUAUCAGCUUCUCGUUCUAAAGCUGAGGAACUAGAAGCAUCCCCUGUGCCUGUUUCUAAGUUUAGAAGUGGAACAAGAACAUCCCGUUUGUCGGCUUUUCGUUCAAAAGCUGAGGAAGCUAAAACAUCACGAUUAUUAGCUUCUCGUUCUAAAGCUGAGGAGGCACAAACAUUGCGCCUGUUGUCUUCUGGUUCUAAUGCUGAGCAACCACAAAUAGCUCCUUUGCCGGAUGCUAAUCAGCAGAUCAUUGCACGGUGUGAGCCAGUGCAGAAUGAUGAUAUCAUUAUUGAAGAUCUUAUGCAACGCCAUGAUGUGCUGCUAAAUUCGUUUAGAUCUCGUUUGACAAAGCUGCAGGUAGUUCGUCACUACUGGGAACGGAAUGACAUCAGGGGUGCUUUUGAGGCCUUGAGGAAGUUGUCAGAUUAUUCUGUGCAAGCUGAUGUUGUGAGUGUCCUCGUAGAUAAAAUGGAGAUUAUCACUUUGGAUUUGUUUUCCUUCUUGUUGCCUGUACUGUUAGCCUUACUUGAAACUAAGAUAGAAAGGCAUGCAAAUGUUUCCCUGGAGCUGUUGUUGAAACUUGUUGCAGUCUUUGGACCAGUAGUUCGCUCAGCCGCUUCAGCACGUCCAUCUGUUGGGGUUGAUCUUCAUGCAGAAGCAAGAAUUAAGUGCUGCAGGCAGUGCUUUGCCUACCUCCAAGAUAUACAGAAAACACUUCCUGAACUUAUAAGGGGAGGGGGUCAGCCGGCAAAAGGUGCAGUACAAUUAAAUCUCCUACUUCAAGAAUCAUAGUCCAGUUUAUGAUAUAUGCUUUUCCUAAUGGCUAAAGCGAGACAACGGAAUGGGAAGUUAGCUACUAUACAAUGUUCUCAAACUUAUGUCUCUUUAUGGACACCCACAAUUUUGCUCCUCGGGUUUCCGUCCUUGCUACCAUUUUCACCAACCUUGUAACAGCGGAAAAUUGGCAAGAUGGAAAUGCAGUGUCUGUCCUCCGCCACUGCAACUGGGUUGGGAGGCAAAGGUAAAAACUCUCGACAUAAUAUAUCCUUUUGUUGGAGAGUAGCAUCGCUAUCUUCAUUCAGAUACGCGGCUUGAACAUAUUCAAAGUUCCUGGCUGUAUGUGUCCAUCCAUAUGUAAGUUGUGUACAUGUAUCUGCAAUAGUAAAAAAAAAUUGGAUGAGAUGUGUACAUCAUUUGAUCAAUGAAACAGAGAUUCAUACACACACCUUCUCUUGCUAUCAAAACUCAAUAUUGAACUUUCUUCUCAA